AGACUGGCGUGGCCGAGGUGACUUGGGUUAUUGCCGAUCACUCUGCAGCACCAGGUUCGAAAGAGUUGACGGUAACGAAAGGUCAACAAGUUGAAGUAUUAGAAAAUGGAAGUAACAUUAGCGGUGUGAACACAUCCGAGUGGACUCACGUGCGUUUACUAGUUGCUCCAGGACAAGUUGAUCCUCCUCCAGAAGGAUUAGUUCCUACUAGUGCGCUUAAACAACCCCCUCCAGUUUCUAGUAAAACUUCACCAUCUAGGAAAGUUCCAGGACAGCAGCAGCAACAACAACAACA